AUGACGCCGCUUGCGUACAUUUUUAACCUCAGUCUCUCAAGCGAGCUGGAGCCAUCUCUAUCCGUCACUGAGCAAAACCUGGCAGACCGAGUUAGGUACAUCCUGCGCUCCAACAUAUUUGGUGACGCCGAACUCGAGCGACUACGACGUGAGGCUAUUCCUUCAUCGAAUGGAAAUGCUACGGCUGGGAAUGCGGCGCCACUAGAUGCGCAACAAACUGCAUAUGUGGAUGCUGCCGUCAACAUUCCAUUUGUGGCUAAUUCAGACGAUGAUGGAAUAGUCUCCCACGAACUAGAGAAAAUGAGGAGCAUAUUGGAAGAGUCGAUGCUGGAAACGCGCAGCAUGCCUCUCGAAAAUCGACCGCGACUUCCCCGCAUACCACUUAGCAAGCGAAAUCGGGCUGUCGUGCAGGCUCUUAACCCAAAGCUGGUGACCUAUUUGGAAGCCAGCCGGGACCUUUGCGAGACGGACUCAAUUCUUUUUGGCGCCGCACUGGCAGUAUGCCGUAUUAUUGGCGCCAAACUUCCCGUGGCUGGACGUGCUACUCAAAAAAGUAGCGCCAUCCCAGCCUGGAGAAAAAGAAUUGAGGACCGUAUCGCAAAGGCAAGGGCCCUUAUCGGCAGAGUGACAAGCUUCAGGUCGGGUAAUAAUAGACCGAGGAUUAUGUGCACCGUUAGGAUGGCGUUUGCUAGGACAAAUAUCAGUUUGUUCCAGCCGGAUAUCAUGCAAAAACUAACGGAGCGCAUAGAUGACCUGAAGCAAAAAAUCGCUGCUUGGGGGGAAGCGGAUUCGACGAUUUAG